GCUCUGCAAGGCUCAGUCAGAGGAAUGCCUGUCGUCCUCCUGCCUCUCUCCCUCUCUUCCUCUCCCCGUAUUUCUCCAUCCUGACUCCAUCCAGUCCAGUCUUUUCUCCCCUGGUUGGGUUGUGCGCUUUCUUUAUUUUUUCCCCUUCCUGGGCUCAGAGCUGAGGAAGGACCAUGCAUCUGAGCUCUGUCUGCUGUGACUUCCAGCAUUCAGAGGAACCCGUGUGUUAGGACCACGCCCCACUCAUUGUCCCCGGGCAGCCCAUGCACAUGCACGGCACCAUGGGUAGCUCCCCCGAGGUGCUCUCGUGGACUUCCUGCCCCAGUCUGCUGGUGGGCAAGCUGAAGGAGGAGCUCAAACUCACCGUGGUCGGGGACGCCAUGAAAAAAUCGAACACACCCAACUCUCAGCCGCAGCCUCCUCAGGGCCCUCCCUCUAACUUGCCCACUCAGAUCAUCACAGACCUGGCCCCCCCAACACACCUGCCUGUUCCCCUGCAGACACUGCAGCCCCCCGGCCAGGACGACGACUUGAUGCUGGGUGGCGUCAGCCCCCCUAACACAGCCCUGAGUGAGGACUCGACGCGGAGCGAGGGCGGGCACUUUGACAACAGCGUGCUCCAGCUGCAGGAACAGGACCACGAAGAGGCCGGGUCGCCAGCCUCCUGUGACCACGGCGGCUGCGGCAGCGGGGGGGAGGAACAGACUGAAGAGGGAAACUGUCCCAUGGAUCACAGCGGAGGGGGGAGACCAGGCCACCCGCAGCAUCCUGACGAUAUCAAGCUGCACUUCCACAGAGCAGGGCCCGGGUCAGGCGGCUUCCUAGAGGGACUGUUUGGCUGUCUGCGCCCAGUCUGGAACAUCAUAGGGAAGACGUACUCAACAGAAUACAAGCUGCAGCAGCAAGACAUGUGGGAGGUUCCGUUUGAGGAGAUUUCGGAGUUGCAGUGGCUGGGCAGCGGGGCGCAGGGAGCCGUUUUCUUGGGCAAGUUCCACUCCGAGGAGGUGGCCAUCAAGAAGGUGCGCGAGCAGAAGGAGACGGACAUUAAGCAUCUGCGGAAACUCAAGCACCCCAAUAUCAUCGGUUUCAAGGGUGUGUGCACGCAGGCCCCUUGCUACUGCAUCAUCAUGGAGUACUGUGCCCAGGGCCAGCUGUACGAGGUGCUGAGGGCCGGCCGUAAAGUCACCCCCAGGCUGCUGGUGGACUGGGCCUCAGGCAUCGCCAGUGGCAUGAACUACCUACACCUCCACAAAAUCAUCCACAGAGAUCUCAAGUCUCCCAAUGUUUUGGUGACCCACAACGACACUGUGAAAAUCUCGGACUUUGGAACAUCCAAAGAGCUCAGUGACAAAAGUACAAAGAUGUCAUUUGCGGGUACGGUGGCCUGGAUGGCCCCUGAAGUGAUAAGAAACGAGCCUGUGUCUGAGAAAGUAGACAUCUGGUCAUUUGGAGUCGUGUUAUGGGAGCUGCUGACAGGAGAGAUUCCUUACAAAGAUGUGGACUCCUCGGCCAUUAUCUGGGGUGUCGGCAGUAACAGUCUCCACCUCCCUGUCCCCUCCACCUGCCCUGAUGGCUUCAAAAUCCUCAUGAAACAAACAUGGCAAGGCAAGCCCAGGAAUAGGCCUUCGUUUCGUCAAAUCCUCCUACACCUCGACAUAGCCUCUGCUGAUGUUCUGGGAGCCCCUCAGGAGACCUACUUCAAGUCUCAGGCCGAAUGGAGGGAGGAGGUGAAGAAACAUUUCGAGAAGAUCAAAAGCGAAGGCACCUGCAUCCACAGGCUGGACGAAGAGCUGAUCCGACGCAGGAGGGAUGAACUCAGGCAUGCCCUGGAUAUCCGGGAGCACUAUGAGAGGAAACUGGAAAGAGCCAACAACCUCUACAUGGAGCUGAGUGCCAUCAUGCUGCAGCUGGAGGUCCGAGAGAAGGAACUAAUGAAGAGAGAGCAGGCGGUGGAGAAAAAGUAUCCUGGGAACUACAAGCGGCACCUUGUCCGACCCAUCGUCAGGUCAAAUGCUGUAGAGAAGCUCAUUAAGAAGAAAGGAAGCAUUUCACACAAGCCUGGGAUGCCCCCCACCAAAAGGCCAGAUUUACUUCGUUCUGAUGGCAUCCCCAGUGUUGACCCCCUCCCCUCCCCGUCACCACUAUCCGCCAGCCCAAAGGUCUCCACACCUCCGGGCAAGGCCCGCUAUCGAAGCAAGCCUCGCCACCGCCGCGCCAACAGUAAGGGAAGCCACAGUGAAUUCCCUGGGGUGCUUAAGCCCGGUGCCGGGGCAACAGAAGAGACUCAGCCCUUACAGGAGCAGCAGUACCACCAUCAUCAUCAUCACCACCACCACCACCACCCAACACAAGAUGGCCCCUUCCUCCCUUUGAAGGGCCGUGAGGAGGCCGUAGUCAACUGUGCCAACAACCUGCGCUACUUCGGCCCGGCCGCGGCCCUCCGCAGCCCUCAGACAGACCACCUGCAGCGCCGCGUGUCCGGCUCCAGUCCUGACCUCAUUUCCACUACAGUGGAUGCGGACUCGCGCCAGCGGACCACAUCCACCAGCUCCAAUCCUGUCCCGGGUACCGGUGCUGGUUCUCUGUGCCCCUGCUGCCAGGCCCAUCCCUUCCCCGGCUGCCUACACUGUCAGGAGACGCCUCCUGCCUCCAGCCAACCAGAGUUACCCCACUACUCACUGCUCAGUACCCAAGAGGGCACCCCGUCUCCGUUAGUGGCACCCAGUAAAGUGCCUGACCCGGCCUCAGGUGGAGAGGCCACAGAGAAAGCAGAGCCACAUGAACAGGAGGCAUCCCAGCGUACACACACCCUGCCCACGGGACUGCCCCGCACACUCAGACCACUCAGGAAGGGUGGUGAUGAGUCAUCUGAAGAGGAAGAGGGAGAGGUGGACAGUGAGGUGGAGUUUCCAAGGAGACAGAGACCUCACCGCUGUAUGAGCAGCUUCCAGUCCUACUCCACCUUCAGCUCGGAGAACCUGUCGGUGUCCGAUGGGGAGGAGGGCAACACCAGCGACCACUCCCACAGCGGGCCCCUGGAGAGGCUGAGCGCCAGCCAAGAGGAGCACCUCGAUGAGCUGCUGUCCCACACGCCCGACAUCCCCAUUGACAUUUCCACCCAGUCAGACGGUCUGUCCGACAAAGAGUGUGCUGUCCGCAGGGUGAAGACCCAAAUCUCCCUGGGCAAACUGUGCUCCGACGAGCACAGCUACGAGAAUCCACUACAGUUCGGUGACUCUGACUGUGACUCUUCAGAAGCAGAGUGCUCUGAUGCCACCAUUAGGAACAACAAACCUGGAGCCCCCUCCUCAUGGUGAAACCCACCGCCGGCUCCGUUCUCUCUUUGCCUGGAAGCCAUCAUGUCCCACCCAGCCCUGCAGGAACUACAGCAAUAAGAGGACCACACUGUAAACAAAGCUCCCCAUUUGCAAAGCCCCGUGCAGUCGCUCCUAACCGACCGGCCCAUCCCACCCUCUCCCAGCCACCUCAUCUUCUCUUCAUAACCUCUCCCCCAUCUCUAACCCAGCAUCCAGGCAACCCAAGGCAGGGAUUCCCUUUUGAAUGAUACUGUACAGUAGAUAGUGUAACAUUCAUAAUUUAUUUUUGUCUGAGUUUUGAGGGAAAAUUCAGGAACUCUGUAUAUUCUCUGAAAUGAACAACAACAACAAAAAAAACAACAAAAGACACGUUUUGAAACUGAGACUGAGCAUGGGCUGACUGUGUUGGUGAGAGAUCGAGAAUGGAUGAAGAUGCGGUUGAUGAUGAUGAUGAUGAGGAGGAGGAGGAGGAGGAAAAUGCAGGAAAGUGUUUUUCCAUCCAAGGCUGACAAUAAAUCAGUGGCGGUUAGAUCUUUCAUCGUCUAUCAGUGAUCGUUGGUCUCUCAGGUGACCGACCCAGACGAGGAGCAUCACAACAAAUCCUGAUCUGGGACAACAGGACGGCUGCAGUCACUGUUAGCAUCUUACUGCAUUAGACCGAAAACCCCCUCCAACCAGCACUAUCUCCAUGACUACUACAGUGUGACCGACCUGCUUUAUCAUAAGUUUACAGUUCAAAGCCCGCCUCCCUACCAGGGAGACCAUGAAAACCAUGUGAACACCAGCAUGAACAGCCCGACUUCUCCCAGGACACUCUUCCCCCACACCCCUCCAACCACCAUGUAUGUCUAGUCAUCAUCCAAGCAUGCCUGUGUGGCUUGCAAACGCAAAGGCUGCCAGAAGACUGCAUGAAGUGGACGAGCUAGAAAAGGAGAGGAAAUGCAGACUCAGCUGACGUUAAGGAAUUAAAAAAAAAAAAAAAAAAGGAAAGGAAAGGAAAGGAAAAAAAUACCUUCCUCUCCCGUUUGCAACUCUGACCCAGCUCAUCCUUCUCCGAGACAUGCCGACAUCAUCAUUGUCAUUAAUCAGAUGUCAUGAGUGGAUCGCGAAUUAUCAGUGUUUAUGAACACGAAGCCUUUCCUCUCCAUCGGACAUUACAGUUUCAAGUCUCAUCUCAGGAUCGUUCUAGAACUGUGAGAAACCAGACUGGACCAGUUAUCGUGUGUUGGAAUGUUUCUUGAGUGGCACAUAUAAUGGACCAUGCAGGUAUAUUUUAAAAAAAAAAAAGUCUUAAAGAUAGCCUUGAUGUCCAACCCUUUAUUGUUGUAAUGGACAUUACUGUCACGUAGGGACGUAGAGUUUUAGUUUUAGUUGCAACCAAGGUGCAGUAUCCCUUUUCUAAAAAUCUUUAGGUCCAGAGUUUCCCAUUUACCAUUUUCUAGCAGGGUAAUACAUACAGUCUGAUAUGAGUGUUUGUAUGUGGCACCAACUGUGCAGAUUAGUGAAAAGCAAUGUCCAAAAUAAAGGCACAAAAUGCUUUCCUGUGCUGUAAUGAAUGAAACAGCAAUAACGUAGCUUGACGCUCAGGUGCAGAGGGGUUUCUAGCUCAGGAUAUGGGGUGUCUAGCUGGCUGGACACAACGCAGUUUGGCUAGAGGAUAGCAGUAAGUGGCAAAAAAAAAAAAACUUUAUAGAUAGUAUAUUUUUAAAUGGUCCCAUUUUUGUGAAUUUGCCUUUCCUGGUUUGAUGCUCAGGUUUUAAGUUGCUGAUUGAGAGCAGGAGCAAUAUAUCAACAGCCACUAGAUGGUGACAGCUACAAUGAAUUAUUUUGCCUUGUGUUAUAUAAAUGUACUGGCUUAAUUCCCUUUAUCUACUCUAGGUCCUUUAUCUAAUGUUCUCAUGAUCGUUCUAAUCCUAGAAUCCUAGCAAUAUUACUUUUUUUGUCUCGUUCUCUUUGAAAUGGGAUACUGCAUCUUUUAGAGCGAUAAUUUUUAUCCCUGUUUCAGUGUUUGUCGUCCACCCUAAAUGAUUUUGUCGUUAAAAUAGCCAGCCAGGGUUGAAUUUAACAAGAUAAUGUCAAAAUGUCUGCUCAAGCGUAUGAAGAUGGCUGUGAUUCUAAGUAAGGAAUAUAUAAGCCAGAGACAAAGGCCACAGAGCACCGACCCGCUCUUGGUUUUCAACAACCUCAUCUCAGUAUUAGCUACUCCUGUAUAUAAACAUCUGUAAAUGUAAUGUGACCUGUUUUAUGUCCCCUCUUAUUGUAUUGGAUGGCUCGGUCAGAGCUCCAGGCUUCUGUCGCUGACCAGCUGACUGGUUGGAAAUAAGCAGGAAAUAAUUUCAACAGUACCCAUCUGUAUUACAUCAGUAUUGACCGCUGCACGGGGGUGAGUCAUGAAAGCUGGGUAGCACAAGGUGAAUCUAAAACUUUGUUGAUGGUUAAUAAUCUUUUGCUUGACAGCUUUGGAAGUGCUUACCACUGGUACCCUUUCCAAGAGCCUGUACUCCUUCAACCUUCUUUGCUCUGUUUACGUUUGAAACAAAAUAACCUAGUGUCUAGCAGUGACUGGGUAAUCAGAUCAAGCUGUUAAUAACAUUGUCUUUCUGGCAUAUAUCCUGUGAAGUAUGAUUGUUGUAAAGUUUUAAUUUAAUUUUAAUCUUUUUUUUUUGUUUUGUUUUUGGUUUGUUUGUUUUUUGUUUUUCUUUGUAGCUGGCCUACAUGAUGAUUGAAUUAAUUUAUUUUGAAUGACUGGUCAGGUGUAGCAGUCUUUUUAAUUUCAGGCAGCUUUAGAAAUGUCUUGUCUUAUGAUUUCUCCUGAAAAGUAUUAUUGAAAGGAAGCACAACAAAUCGGAGUGGGAAGAGGACAGUAUUGCAUGGGAAAAAAAGGCAUUGUCAUAUUGUUUUUGGCAUCUGUUAUCUUUUCUUUUUUUUAUCCAUAUACCAUUCAUCAGUUAGAUUCUCAUGUACAGCUCCUCUCAGCUCAUGCCACUGGAGAUAAAGUAUGGAUUUAGCUGGCUUUACAUCAUUACUCAGCAACGUCAAGUGCUCCUAAAGCCUCUUUAUCUCAACACAGACUAUAAGGAAGUCACUUCUGUUGUAAAGGACAGGCCUGUCGAAGGACUUCCACAGCAGAGAUACUACAUCUGAAGGCAUGUGUGAUGAAGGUUUUCUGUCAAUUCUGCAGUGAUCUCUCUCUCUCUCUCUCUCUCUCUUUUUCCUUUUUAAUCAAAAUGCCAGUUACUUACACCCGAGUUUCUGUGAAAGCGUCUCUAACUGUGGACAUCACGUUGCUUCAUCCCAUGUAUCAGACAUCCGUUUCUUUGUUACUCUCACAUUUCCAAUUCCCUCUCCUGUUGAAUGGCAUUAUGAUCAACCAAUCCUGUCAAUUUCCUGUAUUAUUCAGUGUACAGUGCAACGGGUAUCUGGGAGAAUAAAAUCAGAGCAAACAACUGCAUGGAAUAAAUGCUGAUGUACUGUACCCAA